AUGGACGACGGAGAUUCGAGAUUCAAGCUCGGUGAUUCGGGUCCGUAUUUUUUCAUCAUUGGCAAUAUUGAUCAUUGUAAACAAGGGCAAAAGAUUAUUGUUUUAGUCAUGGCAGUUAGACACCGUAACCCUCCUCCUACCGUGGUUGCAGCCCCGUCUCCCGUAAGUGGCUUGUCGCCACCUCUGAUUCACAAGUCCGCUUUGGAUGCUCCGGCGCCGUCUCCGUCGAAAGCAAGUUCGGUGGGUUUUGGUGUUGUGGUUUGGGUUGGUUUGAUAUACAAUUCUACUGCUGCGACUGACAAAACAGUCUCUACUAUUGAAAAACCUGUAUAG